GUGCGAUAAAAAGACCGCCACUCAUGUACGUGCGUGUGCUUUCAAAGUUUUAGUGCCUUAAGCGUCUUUAUUUAUACAUAUAGUGUGUAAUUAGUUUCGUGUAUAGCUUACACUAUGUGGAAAUUGUCUCAGGUGCUUCUCAUAUCAUUGUCGUUAGUGGUAAGCGAAAAAGAUACAGACGAAGGAAGACCGUACGAAUUUGGAUUUACGAUAGACGGGGAACAACACCGAUACGAGAAAAAAGAUGAAAAAGGCAUAGUUCAAGGCGAAUUCGGGUUUAUCACUGCCGACGGUAUUUACCACGUGACCGUGUACGCCACUGACGAAAACGGGAACUUUAAAAUCCUAAGCAUGAGGAAUCUGCGCAUCAGCGCCCCCUUAGAUGGUUCGCCGUUCAAAGGAGAAAUAUCUCCCGAAGCCAAUAAAUACAGGAAGCAAGCCGGCCUAGGUCUUCUUCCGGAACCGGCAGCCCCUAAUCCUUUAAUGCUGCCUGAUGCGCCACCAAAGCAAUCGCCAGAAAUUCAGAAGACCACUUCGAGAGCGCCGUACGUUUUCACGACCCAGUCCACUAUUAAGCCAGCUUGCGCUGGAUGUGGCUACGUUACAACACCGAAACCGGUACCAGGGCAAAAGUUUCCCUUCCAGAACUCAAUUUUCCAGAAACCAGAUAGGGAACAACCUCAAAAAAAUGAUCUAAAUUCGCAACCAGAACAGGGAUCGAUACAAAGUAACGGCGUUGGUCCGCAACCUCUGAAGCCGCAAUAUCAAAGUACCAAAGGAUUCCAAAAUACUCAAUAUCCUAGUUUAAGUCACGGGUUAAUUAAUUCUCGAUUCGAAAGUUCAGCUACCAAAGACGAUGGAAAUGGUGAUUCUGGAUCUCAACAUUCAACUAGUCUAGAUGGUGUGCCACAAGAUCAACAAUUUGUUGGACCGCCGAGCCCGGCAGAUGUUUCAGUGUUCCAACCUACUGGAAAUUUAGAUAAUGUACCACAAAGUCAGCAAUUUGCUGGAUCUCCAAGCCCGACCGGUGUUUUUGGAUCCCAAUCAAGUGGAAAUCUAGAUGGUCUACCACAAGGUCAACAAUUCCCUGAAUCAAGUGCGACGGGAGGACUGGGGGCGGCAAAUCAACAAUCUUCGAGGAAUCCAAAAGAAAUGGAGGUAAAUCCACUCUCAAUUCCGAAUCCAGACGAUGUAAGACAGCAAGUUCAACAGGAAGUAAAAGACUUCGUCGGGAUUGGACAACGAGGAUCAGCUACGUCGAAACAGUCUGGUUUUCCGCCCAUUUCUGUGUCGGACAGCGUCAUACACGUAGGUGGCAAAAACCCCCAGGAUAUCCCGAUUAAAGACAAGUUUCCUGGUAUGGAGGAUGGGCUUCCAGAGGGUGUCAAUGAAAAAGACGUCAAGGAUAUUCUAUACAAGUUCCACUACACGGUAGGUUUCCACGGACAUUACGAGAAAGGUUUGAAGAACGGUGCGAAAAUCGGUGGAUACUUCGUCAACGGGAGGGACGGUAUCAGCAGGGUAGUUACCUACAUUGCCGACGAGAACGGCUACAGACCCAAAAUAAAACUAAUCAAUCUCGGACUAGAUUCGGAAGAAACGCCUAAAGAAGCGACGGAGAAGAGCUUCGGACUCAAGAGCUUUGAGUUUGUUUGGUAUCCCAUUAAAUAAAUAUGUUGCGUGUGUGAUCUUGUAUAUAUAUUUGUCAUGAGGUUUAUUCUAGGGGUGAACUAUGCAAUGAAAUUUGGAAAUUUCAGGUUUUUCGAAUUUUCCUUAAUUCUUUUUUCCAUUUUCCUUUUAAUAUUAAUAGUUAUUAAAAGUAUUGACAUUUUCAUUAGUUAGGUUGCUUAUAAAAGUCAAUAUUCAAAUUUGUCAUUGCAGUGGAAAGUACUCAGUACGGGGUGAAUUAAAAAUUUGGGUCAAGCCAUUAAAAAUAUUAUUUACAUAACAUACAUAUUUUCUUGAAGUUUGGUGUAAUUGUUGUAAUUGUGUAUAAUUAACAUUACUAUUGCUUAGCGUAUAGCACAUUCGUAACUUUUCUGAUAUUGUAUAUUAAUUAAUAAAUUAAAAGCUAAAAUUGAACAUUAAUUAAAUUAAUAAAUGAAAAAAUAAAAAUUAUCAAAUUUAAAUUAAGAGGUUGGCGUCUCGUCCGUUUUUCUUUUAAUAAGUAAGAAAAAGGAAAUGUAAGGCUACGUUUAAGAGAAAUAUUUCUUAAUACUAAUCGGUGGAUUGGUCCGUGACAAAAUGUUCGUGUCCAAUGGCCAGUGCAUUCCCCAGCCUUUAGUCUACUGGGUUCCUGUUUUUGAAGGUUCAUUAAAGAUUUUCUUUAAACGGUUGCCAUUGCUAGUGAGCAUCGUUUGAAACAGUCAAUUUUUCUAGUUUGCUGUUUAAUUUAAAUACCCGAACCGAUAUUUAUUACUCUAUAAAAGGGCUCGUGUUCAAGGACCUAAUUUUUAUAUUUACAUAUCAUUUACAUAAUUUAUAUAUAAUAUUUUUGUAUUUUUUAACUUUUCUUAUAUUAACUAAUUUACAGUAUCUUAAAAACUACCAUUGUUAUCAAAAAUUAAAUAGGAAAGAAAAACUACGUAAUAUUGAAAUAACUGAUUAACCAUGUAUCAAAAUUAUUUAUUCAUUUUCAUCCCGUUUUUUUGGACAUUUGUUAUGUUUCCUAACAUUUGUAAUAAUAUUUUUGGAUUAAUUUAAUUGAAAGUUUAUUUAUUUCGCAGUUUUUAAUUGUUGCUAACAUUUUUAACAUUGUUUAUUUAUUAGAUUGCUUUUUACGGAAUCGGCACGUUUUUGGACAUUUCCGGAUUAUAUCGAUAAAAAAGUUUUCUCGAACUUUUAAAAUUUCUUGAAUUUUAUUGAGUUUAUUCUCACAUUUGUACCGAGUUUUCCGGUAUUACGUGAAUUUCUUUGUACUAUUUCCUAAGUAAACUAAGAGCCCAUUAGCUAAGAGUGUUUCUAAGGAAUUCGGUGUGCCAUCGUCAAUGAAAGCGCAUGGACUGUAAAGCAUUAUAAAAAAUAUGCUUAGUGGACUAAUCUGAACACAGACAGAAAAGGAAAUUCCCCUUUCUGUCGGUGUUUGCAGCUCAAUGUUCAUAAGACACACAAUGGAUAAUUAGAUAGUUAUCGGAUGUUUUUGAAAAUGGGCAGUUUCCAAAAAGCACUUUAACUUUUUUGUUAUGUAUUGUGCAUUGGUGCGCCUAUAAAAAGAGUUCCGAACCAACUUGUUACGCAGAAUUUAAUGGUUUGAAUAUAAUACUUUCAAACUAAUAGCGUAUUAGUUAUCUUACAAAAAAUUGAUUUGUUAUAUAUAUUUUUCAAUCGUUGAAAAUUAUUAGAAAUUACCUUCCAAAAAAUAUAGCAUUCAUGAUAUAUUGCACAGGUCCUAUUUAAGAUACACGAGUUUCUACUACUUCGAAUAAGAAAAGGCGUUAAAUCUUUGAAUGCAGACCAUUGUUGCCAAAUUGUACUAUUUCUUUCAUGUACUUUUUUUAAUAGUAAUAUAAAUACAUAUAUGCUCAACAACAACAGAGUAAAAGAACCUAACCAAAACUAAUCAAGCUCUAGCUUAUUUGUACACAAUUAAAAUGCAGAAAGUCGACAGCACCAUUGGACAUGUAGACUUUGGACGGGGCAGCAAAAUAGCGAAAACAAAUGCGUCCUUGCAGCUGUCAAAUUUUAAAUUUGAUUGUUAAUACGUCGAGUUUUGACUUGGUCUUUCCAUAUAGCUAUUAGGUAAUAUAGUGGCCCAACUAGAGUAAAAAUUGUUUUUUAGGUAGAAAAGAGAGUGAUUUUCAGCACCUUUCCACUCAUGAAAGUUAAAGACACGGAGAAGACCAGCAACAGUUAAGGUUAGAUGAACUUAAAAAACCAUAUAUGCCACACAGUUCCAGAAAAGUGCAUUUUUGCCAGUCUGUGACUGUUUGAAAUAUAUUAUGGUUGCACUGUCCAAAGUCCGCUUGGUAAAAGUUCAAGAGGUCUAACCAAAAUUAAUGAAAUGUUAAAAUAAAAAAUAUUAUAUAUAAAACCAUGAAUGACAUUCCAAAAAAGUUUUAUGAAAAAUUCCCAUGACAAAUGGUUACAGAAUUUUUUCUUGAAAUGCACAUUUUCGAAAAACUAUAACUUUCGAGUCACUAGAAAGGCGAGUUUCAUUUUAAAACUGUCCGCCCUCUACAAUCAGAAAGCCUUUAAAUUACUUUUCCGCGAUAACCAUGCCCGUGAGACAUGAACAUGUAAUGUUGGUUGCGGCCGUAAUUUUAUCAGUUUUGCUAUGCCAAAUUUCAACCACGGUAUACCCCUAGGAUUUAUCAUAAUAAUAAACACAAUACG